CAGCCAACACUGGAUUUAAUCUAGUUAGAAGUAGCCAAGCAGCUCCUGUUUGAAAAACCACAGAGUCCUGAGUUCAUUACUACGGGAAAACUGCUCUCUCCUGGGGCACAGAGAACCUUGCUUCAGAGUAGCCCUACCAUCAGCUCAGGAGUCCAGUCGGAUAAAGCUCAUCCUGGAGGAUAAUGGCUACCUAUGCCCUGCAAAUCGCUGGACUGGUGCUUGGUGGUGUUGGAAUGGUGGGCACAGUGGCUGUCACCGUCAUGCCUCAGUGGAGAGUGUCUGCUUUCAUUGGAAGCAACAUUGUGGUUUUUGAAAACCUCUGGGAAGGACUGUGGAUGAGUUGCAUGAGGCACGCUAACAUCAGAAUGCAGUGCAAAAUCUACGAUUCCCUGCUGGCUCUGUCUCCAGACCUACAGGCAUCCAGAGGACUGAUGUGUGCUGCUUCCGUGCUGGCCUUCCUGGCUUUCAUGACGGCCAUCCUCGGCAUGAAGUGCACCAGGUGCACUGGGGACGACGAGAAAGUGAAGGGUCACAUCCUUCUAACGGCUGGAGCCAUCUUCAUCGUCACUGGCUUUGUGGUGCUCGUCCCUGUGAGCUGGGUUGCCAAUUCCAUCAUCAGAGAUUUCUACAACCCGAUAGUGGAUGCUGCCCAGAAACGUGAGCUUGGAGAAGCUCUCUACAUCGGCUGGACCACGGCGCUGGUGCUGAUUGCAGGAGGGGCGCUGUUCUGUUGUGUUUCUUGCAGCAAUGCCAAGAGCCAUAGCUACAGGUACUCCAUACCUUCCCACCGAACAACCCAGAAAAGCUAUCACAUGGAGAAGAAGUCACCGAGUGUGUACUCCAAAAGUCAGUAUGUGUAGUUUUGUAUAUUUUUACCACUACCUAGAAAGCCAUGCAGAUGAUAAAAAUGUCCCCUGUUUUCUAAAAAUGGAAGCCAAAGAAACAUUGAUUUGCUGUUCUUAACUGUCAAACGUUAAUUACAGGAACUGUGCAUCAGCUCGUUAUGAUUCUAUAAGCAACUUCAGCGGAAUGAGAUAUGGUACACAUGGCUUUGACUGUUCUAGAAAGCAUGGUAAUUUGUUUUCUAAAGUCGUUUGUGCAUUUUUCUCCUUUUAUCAGUUACUUCAAAAUGACAUUGUUAAAGAUGAUUAUUUCACAAGUGUGAUUUCUCUAUGACAGCAUUAUGUAUAUAGAUUGGAGUGACGUUGUCUCUCGUAUAAAUAGAGACAAGCUCAUAUGGUUCUAUUUUAAAUGAAAUACUGAUCCAUUACACUGAAUAGAUAGAAUUUGACUAUUGCUUUUCAGGGGAACCGGGGAUAAGAUUGAAGAAGGUUAAUAUUAAUUGUUUAAAAACAUCUUAGUGAUGAAUGCAUUUGAUUUAUAAUGAAGGUUAAAAUGAAGGCUUUAAUCAGCAGCGUAAAGGGGACUAAAUGGCUUUCUGAUAUCCCGUUUUUCAGCCUAGGAGUUAGCAAUCCUAACUCCUUUAUCCUCACUCCCCAGAGGCCUUCCUUUUCUUGUAUAUUAAAUGAACAUCUUUUAAAAGGCAGAUAUUUUGUCAAGGGAUUUUUGCAUUCAAACUGCUUUUCCAGAGCUUUUCUAAGAAGAAAGAUAAAACCAUGGUCUAAGAAACAUAAAAGGUUGCUGGAAAGUGACUUUUUUUUUCCUCUUAAGUUUUUGUGGUUAUAGAAGAAUGCAUUUUUUUCAAGAAAUCACGUAUGUGCGUGAAUAUUUUGAUAACUUUGAGUUUUUAUUAAUGUAAAUAACAGAACAGAAAAAUAAUGUCUUUGUUUCUAUUUGCUUACCAAAAAACAAAUAUGAGUUGUCCUUUUAACUUUCAUCUUCUGUGUGAAUAAUUAAGUAAAAAUUGUCAUUUCAGUCCUGUCAAAGAUAACAUUUUCACUUGUUUCAAUUUUGUUCAGUUUUAGUAAGGUCUAUAAAUACUGUGUCUCUGUGUUUCCCCCAAAUGUAAUCCAACUGUUAAUCUGAUUUAAAAGUUUGUCAUUUUUCCAGCUUAAAUGGACUAUGUGUGCCACCUGCUUUAUGCCCUUUGUAUUAAUAAAUUGUGCCUUUUUAUAUUAA